CUUGCUCUGUGAGCUGGGAUGAGGACAGCAGUCACUCGCUGUCAGCCUCACUGGCUUAGGACAAGAGUUCGUCUUCUCUGGUAAUGUUCAGACAGACUCCAUGACUGACAGUUGACUUAAUAUGGAAGCCUUAACUUGUUUGCAUCUAAAUUUGCAUGUACAUUAACUGUCUCAUAACAUGAUUAUUUGUGACAGUGUUAUCCAGCUUUAUCUAUCUAUUUAAUAUGGUGGCAUAUGUAUAUGUUAGGGACUUUGGUCUUAAAAGCUGGUUCUGUCAGAGUCAACUUUUUGUGUCAUCUUGCACUGACUCAUGCAAAUGUGUUGUAUAAUAUCAGACUUUACUUCUCUGCGAUGCGAAAGCUUCAGGAGUCUUGUUUUCUGUCAGAGGAGCUGAUAGCCAGUUUCAGCAUCACAGUGAUGGGAAAAGCAGGGUUGUCUUGUUGACAGCACCCCCCACCCCCACCCCCCUUUCCCCCUUGUGUGAGCUCACAGACCCCUGCUGUGAUACCAUUUUGGGAACUUCUGCUUUUACAGAUUCUCUAUAUGAUUCAUGCUUUUAAUAAACACUGAGGAAGUAGAGACGGAGAAGGCACGUGUUAGGCGCCUGGAUGUUUUCUUGCUUGAAAUGCAUGUGUCUGGUGGAAAUGGGAACGAUGAUUUAAGGCAGUGUGAUGUGUUGAUCUGAAGCGUUUGUGUCAGCACCUUCAGCUACAUCAUGAGGUUAUGAGGGUUCACGUUCCUGGACUGAUUUUCGGUGGAUGUGGUUUGUUUUUUACUGAGCAGAACCUGAGCGGUGAAGAUGCAGCACACCUCGUGUACAGAGGACAGGAUCCAGCACGCUCUGGACAGAUGUCUGGAUGGGCUGAGGCAGAGCCCCACGGCGGCACACCACUGGAACGUGCUAAUGUGCUCAGCGGGUCAGUCAAUGAACCGCUGGAGCCUGGAGGAGCUGGUGAAGAGAGACCCGGAGAAUUUCCUCAUCCUUUUACAGCAGAUCAUAAUUAAGACCAAAGAGGUUCAGGAGCAGUGUCAGUAUGAGCUGGUGGCUCCCCUCGCUAUCAUGUUCUCCUCCACGCUGCUUCAGACUCCAUACUGUCCUCCAGACACAGAGCUGCUGGAGGAAGCUAUUGAGGUGUUUCGCUGCUUCCUCACCUGGCCUGAGCCUUACUGCAGUGUGUGUAAAAACCUCCUCUCCACACUACACCUGGAGAUCAAGGCCCCAGGGAUUUCCUUUCAGAGGCUGGUGAGAGAAGAGCAAGGUCUUAACACCUCCAGUCAGAAUUCCAAGACAAUGACUGUGCUGCUCAUGAACCCGGGAGAGGUGCCAAGUGACUUCCUCUCAGUAGCUGAGCAGCUCAGUCACAUUCAGCACUCGCAGAAAGAGACCUACAUCACCCUGAUCAAACACGCCUUCCAGUCCACACUAGGCACCAAGUACCCUCUACACAGUAUUCACAGAGCCCUGCAGGGAAAAACUGUGAAUGACUUGGGUGAGAUCUUCACCGUGGUAAGUGAUGUCUUAGAGACUGCCGCCGCCAUGAGUGACCCUAUGAAUGGGGCGCAGUUGUUGAUCCAGGGACUGGAGGGACUGCGGGAGAGGUUGAGAAUCCCUGCAUCCAAUGGAAGGAAGUCUGAUGGAAUGCUACAGACGUUGCCACUGCCUACAGCCAAGUGUUACAUGUUUCACUGGGAAAAAGAUAACUUUGAUGUUCUGAACACCCUUUUGGAGCAUGACCCUGAUGAUCUCACCACUAAUGGACAGGCUGAGGAAGAAGACACUGAUGAUGAGGAGGAGGAGGAGGAUGACACAGUGAUGGAUACAGAAGAAGGGGAUGAAGAUUGCAAAGAGGAGCACGAACAUGGAGUAGAAUUGCCUCCCAUGUCUUUCAUCCCCAAUGACUACAGCGCUAACCCCCGUGCCUCCACCUUCUCCACUAUUUCCUCCCUGUCCACCGCCUCCAAAGACUCUAUGUUCUCCACCUUGUCCGUAGCCUCAGAGUCAUACGCCCCGUCACUCUUCUCUGUCACUUCUGGAGUUGAUAGCGACUUCUUCGAGGAUUCCGAUGACUAUAUCUGCUCCUCUCCUGUGGCGGAAAAAUGUUCACCAAAGUCCGCAAAAGCUUCGAAUCGGCUCAGCCAGCACCUCUACAGGCUCUUCAUCAAACCCAAGAACCCUCGGUCUCUGUACAGGGCGAAAAGCUUAGGGAACACGGAAUCAAAAGACAUUUUAGUGGUGCGAGAGAAGCGCUCCAACUCCCUUCCACAGCAAGUCAAGUUACGAAGCCACGAGCCCCUACUCUUGCCGCAAACCCUUAGACAUGUCUGCUUCAGAAGGAGGCCUAUUCUCAGCAGUGAUGAGGACAGUAAGAAUACUACACUGAGGGUGGUUGUAUUUGGUGCUGAUCAUGUAGCAGGGAAGGUGGCCCGGGCCUACAACAGCCUGAGGAGGAAGGAGAGUGCAUGUCCGCGUCUCAGCAGGGCCUUCAACCUUCAGUUCUACUUUGUGCCUGUAAAGAGAGACUCAGCAGGAGGACCGGGAAGUCUGAGAUCCCCCAGUCCUGUGGGUCAAGCUGGAACCCCAAAAGGAAUGGCCCUGUCUAAUGGUCUUCACCUCAAGAGCACAGGGGACAGUACUAAUGACAUUGCCCACCUCCUCGGUAUGUUGGACCCUUGGUACGAAAGGAACACCCUUAGCCUGCUUAACUUGCCUGCCAACGUCGUCUGCCAGCAAACCUCAAAGACGGAGUCAGAGUCCUAUGAUAGUUCAUAUGAGCAGCGUCUACCCAUCCUGGCUGACUUGGUCCUGUACUACUGCCGCAAUGCUGCCCGGCCAGCUCUGAUCCAGCUCUAUCAGGCGGAGUUGACAUUAGCUGGUGGAGAGAGGAGGACUGAAGUGUUCGUCCACUCCCUCGAGCUGGGUCACACUGCAGGAACACGAGCCAUCAAGGCCAUGGGUGCUGCCAGUAAACGGUUUGGUAUUGACGGUGACAGAGAAGCUGUGCCUUUAAUGUUGGAGGUGGUGUACAACAGGGUGGUGAUUAGUGGGAGAAGCCAGUGGAAAAAAGAAACAAAAGUCUGUACUUCAGUAAACUUGACCAAAGCAUGCAAGAAUCCUGAGGAACUAGAUUCAAAGAUGGAGUGCCUGCAGCUCACGAUGACUGAGGUUCUGAAGAGACAGAAUGGCAAAAGCAAGAAGGGUUAUAACCAGCAGCUGAAUAUGACAGAGGUGAAGGUGGACAAGGUGCAGGUCAGCGGUGCUGGAAGCACAACCUUUGCUGUGUGUCUCGACCAGGAUGAGAAGAAGAUACUACAGACUGUCACAAGGUGUGAAAUAUCAGUGUGCUAUAAACCUGACGGCUCCACUGACUGGAGACUAAGAAAAUCCCGGACCUCAGCACAAAUCCAGCCUCUCCACCCCACCUUCUGCUCCCUCCUCUGCCUGCCCAUAGUCACUUUCAGUGGGGCUCUUCCCUGAGACUGCCGACCGACUGUUAUCCAUAUGCGAGUAACAGAUACUGACUGCAGAGGAGAGAAGCAUGCAGAUUUUAUCAUGUCUGCCUGGUGUCUUGGAGCUGUCAAGUUCAUGAGCGGUGACCUCGAAUGGCAGUGUUGGCUGCACAACAACAACUGCUGGAAACACAUGAACAUGAGCAGAGGGGGUAAUGAGGAAACUGCAGCCCUGGUUGGCCUGUUGAUACAAACACAUAGGUCUACCCAAUGACAGGAGAAACAAAGAAUAAGUACAGAUACAAUGGUUCAAAUGAUGAUGCGUCCAGCUUUUUCUGUACCAAGCAAUAAUUGACUAUUGUUAAGGAAAUGGUUCAAGUUUCCUUCUUCAGGUUUCAGUUCCUCUUUUCUUUUUGGCAGAGAAGUGACCUGAGCCACAGUAACAUUAGAAUGUAAUUUGGUCAAACAGGGUGAGUUUCCAAACUGGCAAGACAGAUAUGUUGUAGUAAGUCCUGGGUCCCACUGAGAGAUGGAAUGUAAAAAUAUUUAGAGAUCAUCUUCGAGUCAAGAGUUUAAGUUUCUCUGGAUCAACCUACACGGACACAGGGGACCAUGGGAAUUUUAUAUACCUGCUGACAAGACUGUACUAUGUAAUAGCUCUAUUUGGCAACUAUUGGAUUAUGUGACUAUAUCUGAGAAUGGACACUAUGAGUUUAAACAAUAUGUAAAUAUUAUGUUUGUAAAAUAUUAUAUUACAUACUAUAACUUAAAUGUCACACCAUAUUUUUAUGUCUGUUAUACAUGGGCUUUUAGUAACAUUUCUCCUAAGGAGUUACACCGAUGUCAUUGUUUCAACUGGAGUUCUAAAUAUGACCAGCAGGGGGCUCUGUUGACAUUCCAAUUGACUUCAGCUGAAAUAGCAGAUGAAUCUGAAGUUGGUGACACUUGUAGUAAAGUCUAUCUUUGUAGUGGCUGUAAUGUAGCUCAUGUAUAGUCCAUAUUUUAAUGAAAACAUUCAUUUCAUCAAGGGCACAGAUGGAAAAUAUAUAUUUCAUAAUAUGGUGCUAAAUAUACAUUCAAAUGCACAUUUUUCUUUAUUAAAAAAAACUUUUUCAUACCAUAUUGCAUAGCGUAAACUAUGACAUUUAUUUUUUCAGUCUCACUGCAAUGAGAUAAUAUCCUGAUCAUCUGACUGACAGUGAAAUAGUAGCACUGUAUAGACAUUUAUUUUAUGGAAUUGAGGCACUUGAACAUUGUAUUAAAUGAAUGCGGUACUUUUAUGUUCAGAUAAAUACCUGGCGCCACUGCCCUCUCAUGUCCUCUUUUUAAAUACCUUCUCUGAUGAAAUAUUGCAAAUGCCAUAUUGGUUUUAUAAUUGUAUGUGUAUCAUCUAUGCAGUGGGGGUGUUUCAAAUUCACUGAUCAAUAAAAUGUAUGUCUUCCUUUGAA